CGGAAGAUUGAAAGAAAUCGAGGGAACUGGGAAGGAGUACAGAAAAGGGCGGGGGAAGGGAACUUUAUGAUGAACGCCAGUCUCUGCGGUUCGAUUGUUCGGCCAUCGCCUGUAAUUCCCGAGCUCUAUGUUCCUUGUAUUACUCUCCGAAACCCUAAUCGUCUCAGGAAGGAUUAUAAGUGCAUUUCCUCCAGACUCAGUAUCUCUGCUCCAUCAGAAGAGUUUGGUCUAGUAUCCGAUGACAAUGUUUCAUUGCAAAGCCCGGUGAUUAAGACCACGGAACGAGUUCCAGAAGAGGAAAAAGAAGUAGUAAUAGCAGGGCCUGGUAUAGACAGUGGAGGUUCUGGCAUAACUCUAGAAGAUAAAGCUUCCGGUUGGUCGACUAAAGCUAAGAAGAAGAAAGUGGAACAGGACAGCGAUGAUAAUAGGUUUACUAUCCGGAAUGGAAGGGAGGUUUUUGAAGAAAAAGCCUACUUAGUGGGUGUUGAGUGCAAAGGUGAUACACAGGAUUCCUUUGGCAUUGAAGAAUCUAUCAAGGAGCUAGCCCAGCUAGCUGACACUGCUGGAUUAAUGGUUGUUGGCUCUACUUACCAAAAGCUUUCUAAACCAAACCCCAGAACAUACAUUGGAUCUGGCAAGGUUUCCGAGAUUAAGAGUGCAAUUCAUGCAUCGGAUGUUGAAACUGUAAUAUUUGAUGACGAACUGUCAGCUGGGCAAUUGCGCAACCUAGAAAAGGUUUUUGGUGGAGAUGUGAGAGUUUGUGACCGCACUGCCCUCAUCCUUGAUAUAUUUAACCAGCGAGCUGCAACACAUGAAGCUUCUUUACAGGUUGCAUUGGCACAAAUGGAAUAUCAGUUACCUCGACUGACAAAAAUGUGGACUCACCUUGAGCGUCAAACUGGAGGCAAGGUGAAGGGAAUGGGUGAAAAACAAAUAGAAGUGGACAAACGUAUUUUGCGUAAUCAAAUAGGUGUCCUUAAGAAAGAGCUGGAAACCGUGAGGAAACAUCGGAAACAGUACCGCAAUAGGCGAAUCUCAGUACCUGUGCCUGUAGUGUCCUUGGUUGGGUAUACAAAUGCUGGUAAGAGUACUCUUUUAAAUCAAUUAACAGGAGCAGAUGUUCUUGCUGAGGAUAAAUUGUUUGCAACUCUUGAUCCAACUACAAGGAGGGUACAGAUGAGGAACGGGAAGGAGUUUCUCCUCACAGAUACUGUUGGUUUUAUUCAGAAAUUACCUACUACGCUGGUUGCUGCCUUUAGAGCUACACUGGAGGAAAUAUCUGAGUCGUCUCUUUUGGUGCAUGUGGUUGAUAUCAGCCAUCCCCUGUCGGAACAACAGAUAGAUGCUGUGGACAAAGUUCUGUCAGAGCUGGAUGUAUCUUCAAUUCCUAGAUUGAUGGUCUGGAACAAGAUUGAUAAGGCUAGUGAUCCCCUGAAAGUCAGACGAGAAGCAGAGAAAAGAGAAGAUGUAGUAUGCAUAUCUGCCCUGAAUGGGGAUGGCCUACAUGAAUUCUGCAACGCAGUUCAAGAAAAACUGAAGGAUUCCAUGGUAUGGGUGGAAGCGUUGCUCCCAUUUGACAAGGGGGACCUUCUCAGCACGAUACAUCAGGUUGGAAUGGUUGAGAAAUCUGACUAUACAGAGAAGGGGACAUUUAUCAGGGCGCAUGUACCCCUGCGUUUUGCAAGAUUGCUCACGCCCAUGAGGCAACUGUGUGCAUCACGACCUUAGUUCUCUAAAAUGAUUACGCUGAAGUGUUUACAAUAGCCAUACCAUUUGCUUUGUACUGGCAGCUGCAUUCAGCGAUGUACAGGCCGCAGGGGAUCUGGGCACCCUCGAAGUUGUAGAUAUGUAUUUCUUUUAUCAUGUUUGCUUAGCCUUUUGAAAGUGAGAACAUCUGAGAAAUGGUGAAAAGUGCAGAUUUCAAUUCUGGCCGGAUGUAAGUACCUCCUCAAACUAUAAAGUUCAACAAAUAUUUACGGGUUCAUUUGAAUUUAUCUUCCAAAUUUUCAGCUAUGUCAA